AUGCGUCCCAAUCGCCUUUCGAAGCAACCACCAGAAGAUGCUUCCAGCUCUGUUCGGGAAAAUAUUCAGAAAUACAGUUUCGAGCGCAGACUUUCCUACGAUAUAAGGCCAGAGGAAGCAUUGCAGAAAGUCGAAGCCCACUGUGCGGAUUUCAAAUCGCAACUGGCCAAAGCGAAGGUAGCGUUCGACCGCCGUUACAAUGCCGAAGAGUUUCAAGAACGCGGAAAACUUAAAGAUUUCAAUAUACUAAGUACUCUGUCCAAAGGAGCCUACGGUACAGUGGUGCUGACCACUCUUGCAAAUGAUCCAAGUCUUGGUCUUGCUAUGAAAAUAUUAGAGAAGAGACAUCUCAUUAAAAAAAACUGUGUUCGACAAGCCCUAUCUGAAAUCAGGAUCCUGGACGCGGUUGAAUUUACAUUUUUAGUGCAUUUACAUUAUUACUUCAAAGAUAAUGUAUACAUAUUUUUGGUGAUGCAAUUUGUAAAUGGAGGAGACAUGUUCAUGCUUUUGAAAUCUGUGCGGAAGUUUGAUGAAACGCGAUCGAAAUUCUAUGCUGCCCAGGUGUGUUUGGCAUUUGAAUACUUACACUACAUGGGAGUGAUUUAUCGCGAUUUAAAACCGGAAAAUAUACUAAUUGAUUACGAGGGAUAUAUCAAGCUGACGGACUAUGGUUUCUGCAAAAAGGUGGAUGACGAUCGAACCUACACCUUAUGUUCUACGCCGGACUAUAUGGCCCCGGAGCUGAUCCUUAGUCAAGGGUACAAUCGAUCGGUUGACUGGUGGACAUUUGGCGUUCUCAUUUUUGAGAUGUCCUCCGGCAGGGCGCCAUUUACCGCAUCAAAUCCAAUGAAUCAGUACGAAAAAAUACUCAAGGCUGAUUAUCAAUUCCCUCCACACUUUUCGAAACCUCUUAAAGAUAUCAUAUCGAAUUUUCUUCAAGUGGAUCGCACCAAGAGAUUCGGUUCUCAAAAGAAUGCUAUAAAGCAGAUCAAAGGGCACGAAUGGUUCUACUCAUUAGACUGGAAUCAGGUAUUGAAUCGCUCGGUGAAAAACAUCUAUAGGCCAAAACUGAAGGGUCACUUGGACACGAGUUAUUUUGAAGCAUAUGACUCCAUGACUUUACGAAAGGCAUCCAAAAACGAAUACCCGCAAGAAUUUAGAAAAAUCAUAUUGGAAUAA